AGCCCCCUUUCCCAUGUUCUUAAAAUAAUAUGUCCCAUAGCCAAGACACGCUAAACGUGAUUAUACCCAAAGAUCCCAUCCAGCUUAGUAGAAGAACACUUGUAGCUCCUUGUUAAUUAUAUUGAAUUUAUUUUUGACUACUUCCUUGUAUGUUGUUCCAUCACCAGCGUACCCGUACGUGAUUGAUUGCCUUUUUGAAUAUUUGUAUCUCGUCCUAUGACCUCGAGGCCACCAGUAUGCUAGCAGCAAGCCACGACGCCGCACGAACGAAGACGUGGCGGUUGCUGAGGAACGCGACAAAUUCGUAUAGGCAACUACGACCAGCAUGACUUUCUCUUCAGGAAUGAAGAUGUCGAGUCUCCCCGUUACCCGCAGGCUCAGAGGACGGCUAUUCGCCGUCCCAACAUGGAUUGUUGGAUUGCUGGCUUGCUUUCUUGUCGCGGCACAAAGAGCUAUUUCACACGCAAGUUCCAGAGCAGAUGCUGUUCCAUCAAAAGGCGAACAACUGCGCGCGCUUCAGACUAUUGCAACCCUGGUUAGCAAUUUGGCUACGUUGGAGGUACCUCGCGAAGAAGAAUCUCGGAACGAAGAUGAGGAUGUUCGGCAAGUAGAUGCCUAUGCACUUGCACGGGAGAGAGAGGACGAUGACCUCCCACUUACUCCAUCAAUGGGAGAAGCAGAUCGCAGCAUCGCAUCAACUACGCAGACGAAUUUACAGCAGCAUGGUCAAGUUGAAAGCUCGGCUAGAACAAGGAGUGCGAUUUCAGCCUCAAGCACAGCCGCAUCUUCCUCUCUUUCAACACUGUCUUCUCUGAUCUCCAGUACCCUAAACCGAAACGCGACAGUCAUACUCAAUCCAACAUCUGCGGACAAUGCAGCUCUUGCAACUGCUUUAAAGGUGACAACACUUGAUGCCUUCUUGUCGCAGCUGAAUGUGUAUCCAAGGUUGAGCCAGAUCCCAAGUUUCGAAGCCGCUCUAGUCGCGAAAGCUAAAGACCUCGCCACCACAGACCCAGAUGCAGCCGCGGCUAGCCUCAUAAAGCUGCUUGUUAGUACUUACUUGAGAUUCACUUGAUGACAACCUUAUCAUCCUUGACUGCAUCUUCUUCGUGGUCAUGCUCCACACCAAGCGACCGUCCACUACAACCAACCAUCAUACCAACACCUCCAGAUAAGGGUUGGGACUUUUCGCGCUUGCUGCAGUUCACGUCACAGGCAGGCGAUGUCAUUUCUCAACUCUCCGGUAUGCCUACUACCGGAAACGUCACCCUAAAGACCAGUCCUAGUGGAUUGAAUCGCUACUACACAAGUAGGCUAAACGAGGAGCUGUUGAAAUUGAAGAAGAUGAUCCAGGAAGCACAGAACAAUUAUGACAACACAGAUGAAAAGAGGAUUGCUCCACUUCAUACUCUUUUCAAGAACAUCGGUCUUCGAAAAUGAUGAAGAACACCCCUCGACGACAGCUGGGCAAUCUCUAACACCCCUCGACGGCAGCUGGGCAAAUCGUCAAUUUGCCUGGCCAUGCUACAGGAACGAGUCUUUUGUUACCCAAAGGCAUCCGCUUUGAGUCUGGCAUCAUGAACUUGAGCCACUACGUCCACGAUCUACAAGCUGAAGCCGCUUUUGGGGCAUAUUUUUCUACACAUUAUGACGACGACUGCAUCUUUAUCGUUCGUUAUUCUGCCGACGAAAGGCAUGCUGCAAGGACGUGAUUGAACUCUUCUCUUUGAAGAUAUGAUAUAUGGUACCCAUUAUACAUAUCACGACUAUGUAUGUUGAAGUCGCACCGUCUUCCCCGCUCCAUUCAUCCCCCGUGGCAGCACUUGCUUUCCUCUGCAAGAACGCAAUCCGACAUCGCCAAAUACUACGAGAGUGGGAUGACACUAUCUCACCUCCUAGAGGAGUACCCCUUAUGGAAUAGUUCUUUGGCCUACUACUCCGCAGGCGGUGCCGGAAUCGCGCCGAAUACAGACGCUAGACGCGGUUUCACAGAAUACAUGAAGAGGGCGCAAGAGAAUGAAGGCCAAAGUGCGGCUUCCAGUGGCCAAGGGGAAGAUGACGAUAGCCUUCCGAGACGACAAGGGAUCUUCGGCGAAGUAGACCUGUCUCCGAAUGGCAUUUGGGAUCUGCUAAAAGCUUUUUUGAUGCGAGAGGAACGUCGAAGCAGAAACUCAGACUACACUGCGAUGCGUUUGUUAACCGGGACAUCUUCUUUCGAGGCAGAGGGAACUCCAGCCGAACAACGUGCCUCAAUGUGUGAGGCUGAUCUUCAGAGAUGGAUAGCUGCCAUGAGCUAUGCGGUCAAGAUCAAAGAAGGGGAAAUGUUAAGGGUUCCCACGACAGUACAGUACAUUUUUUAGAAUAAGAAGGAAGCUAGUAGUCACAGAAGUGUCAGACAUUAGAGAGUGAUCAACAUUCCUGAUUCUUUUCACAGUCCUGACUGGAUGUUCUGAAGAAUGCAAUGGCGAAAAAAACUUUAAAGAUGGGGAAAAAUGAUGCAGCUACAAAUGUGACGACUCAGAACGAAAUCGACUUGUAUAGGUCCAAAGCGAAGGAUAUCACGGCACGCUGUUCCUGCUCAAACGACAACGCCUUCGCUGUCCCGUUGGCUGCGAAAUGUCCGGCUGAGUGCGCCUUCACUCAACGCCUGGGGGAUAGUUUUUGCUACAAUUAUGUAUGAGAGUGCUUUUUAUAGACAUAUUAUACAGUUUGCAUCCGACAUAUUAUAUAAUAUAUAUUUGCUUUCGGCAUAGGCAGCUCUAAUCCCCAGUCUGCGUCCGACCAAGUCAAUGUGGGGACUUCCACAGUUUGCGCCACUACGCUCAUCCUGAAAGCAGAGAAUGUUCGAUUCCGUGUGUUAUGAAACUGAACUACUUACACACUCACGACGCUUCACCAAAGUUUCCCUCUAAUGAGAAAACAAAACGUGAGGUCCUGGCUGUGUGGACUGCGACGCGACCAAUAGUUAUCAAACCAAAAAGUAUACUCACACUCAAAUAUUCUGCAAAUUUGACUUCGAUUAUCUAGACUACAUAAAUUCACUAGGUAGGUUUAAGUAGCUAGUUAACAUCUAGCUAGGAAGGGUCUUCGGCACGGCGGAAGCGACGGCGACAGCUGGAGUGGCUGGGGGCUCCUGGAGGGUUAAAGGCAUUGCUGAACCUGAUGCUUUAAAGGAAAAAAUACAUUCUCAUCUAAUCUGAGGUCUAGAGGCGACGACUUGAUUCCUGGCUGUGUGGAAUGCGACGCGACCAAUAGUGGUGGCCGCUGUCAUCGCUGUGAAAAUGGUCUUGAGCUUACUGGCUCAGGCGCUGUUUGUGUGAACCGCAUGCUGCUGCAGUUGGAGGACAUCCAGUAUGGGGCUAUUGUGCUGUCUUUAUGAACAAGUGAAAGAUGUGAUUUUUACAAUAUUUGGUACCUACAACUCGCUGUCACGAAUGUCUUAGAGCCCUCAAGAUCAGGUAUGAAGCACAGCACACCACGACGUCGUCCACCUGAUUUCAAACUAUUUUUCUCUUCUGCCGACCCAGUACCCAACAUGAACUAAGUACAUCCUCUUCUUUCAUUCUCUCUCCUGUUUCUUGUCGGAUACAUGCUCCAGCUGUGUUGCAGACCUACGGUGAAUGCGAGAACCUCCAACUUCGCACGCGAGUUCCGCAGAUGCUGUAAACCACACAAGGUGUUUUUUUCCAAGAAACUGGACAAGUUUUUAAGGCUAGUGUCCGAUUCCACCAGUCCGAUUCCACCAGAGGAACUCUACAUUGAUUCUCCCCAGAGAACCUUCAUCCAGACACGACGCGAUGCUAGUCUGUAAAAAAAUUAAUCAAGCGCACCAGCAGCGAUUUAGCUCUUCUUCUAACCUCCGCCUUCUUCCCUGCUCGCGUGAUGCUUCUACCUGGGCCAACAGAGGUUGGGCCCGCACACUAUUAUCUUUUCGCCUUCCAUCGCUUGGUCAUCUUUGUGUCUGCUGCUUUGGCUGCCCAGCUUUGGAUUACGCGGUAUAUGGUGAGCGGACAGAACCUGUUUUUAUGGAUAAAGUUUUGUUUCCAAGAUGAGUAUUACUAUUAGAUACUAGUUCAACUCACAUUCAUUUUCAUAGCGAGUUGUAAAAAUACAAUGACGAGGACAUGGAAUUCUUCAGUGUCAGAUGGUCGCUUCAAUUUGAUGUUGUAGUUGUACUAGUACCUAAGGGGAUAAUCUUCUCUAAUAUCCACAUCCCAAGCUCUUUCGGAUUUCGCAAGUUUUCAAGCUGCUGGUACGCACCCCAAGUACACGAAUGGCACAGCUGUCGACGUGAAUCGGAUGUGCGCAGCAGUCUAUGAGAAAGAUGGCAUUGGGAUUACGCCGAAAAACGGGACUAAUGCGACUUCGAACGGGACUAGUACGAUCCGUUCGUUUAUGGAAGUUCGGGAGUAUCACCACCAUCGAAGAAAAUUUGAGGAUGGAGAAAGAGGAAAGAUACACAGCAGAAGCAACAUGUUGGCGAGUUCAUUUUUAGACGAGGAGUCGGAAGCUUCGGAAACGAUUGAUACAACCCUGAGUAGAAGGAAAAACGCUCGAGGAAAGAGGCCUAAGCGUUCUUCCUCUAGUGCAGAAACAAGAAGUAGAAUGCAAGAACAAGAUCAUGCUGCAUGGCCCACUCGCAUCUUCACGGGUGUAGCUGACCAGGUCCUACGAAGUCUUGGUGGUAUUGAGGAAAAGACAAUAGCUUUCAUCAAGUCUCAAAUGCUCGAAACCAAAGGCAGGAGGCACGCCAUAGAGAUAGGUUCUGGGAUGGAAAUGGGACCUCUGAUUCUUAUGGAAGACGAUGAAGUGCAGGAGAAAGAGUCAGAGUCUUCUCCUGGGGCAGAAAGAGAAAGAGCAGAGGACGCCGAUCAUAAGAACGCGGUGAGGAAACACGAAGAAUCUCCAGAAAACGACAGUAUUAACACUGUUGACAAGGAACUACAAGAUGUGGCCGUUGUCUCUUCAUCUCGUAGCAGAAAACCAAAAAGAGGCAAGAGCAGCGCCACCGAACCGUCGCUAUUGGAGCAGAGCGCGAAGGCUACUAGCUUAAGGAGCCCACGACCAAGGGACGACAAUUUUGACGAGGACGACGCGGGGGAUGAGGACGAAGCUAUGGAUGGCUCUCUACAACUGUAAAAUUGUAUGGAUCUUUCUAGAGCACCAAAUUGCAAUUUUUCAAAUUGAUUUGACUAUCACACUUCCAGCAGAAAAACUUGUUCCGCCAAAAAAUUCCCUGAUGCAGCUCCAAAAGAUGUGCUGUUACAACGACCAGCUCUAAUAAUAAUAGCAUGUUUGCAGGAGAUCGAGAUGAUGCACUUUUUUUAGAAGCAGAGGACGACGCGGUGGAUGAGGAAGAAUCUUCGAGAAGGAGCAGAAAAAGCAGCCCAAGACCAAAGAGCAUGAUCAACGGGGAUCUCAAUAGUGGAGACGGCGACCACGACUCUGACACUGACUCCACUCCUUCUUCUUCGUCCAGCUACCUGUUCUUGAUGUCCUUCUUUUCUUCAUCCUCAACAUUACUGAACCUCCAAGCAAGCGCAACAGCAUCACGACACGGCCAAGGAGGAAACAACAAAGCUACAACUUCUUUCCGCAAGGGAACAACCUGGCUACAAGUUGUAGAUCCAAGUACAAGUCCUGAAAUCGAGGGAGCUCAAAAACGCUUAAGCGCUAGAGAGGAAGAAGCGCUUCUUAGCUUUCUAGAGACCGGAGAUGGGGAUGCGCGAGAACAAAAAAGACAAGCGCAUGAAGAAGCCAUGGCAGCCGGGAUGCUGGGGGUAUACGUGGGAGCCAUCAUGCUGACGCUCAGCUACUAUCUCUCAGUUGUGCGGAUAUCACACUUUCUGUUAUGAGGCAGGCUCUGGAUGCAUGGAAUUGUACACAGCAAAAUAGUACUCGUACUCCUACUCUCUAGUGAAAACAUAUCUUAUCAAUCUCACCGUCACCAUAAGUAUUUGUUUCAACAUCACUAAACAAGCCAGAGGACUGUCCUCCAAUCCCUUUUUCUAACCACCGACUCAAUCCUUCCUAGUCCUCGGCAGUUUUCGUUAGUCGGGUCUGGGUUUCCUGACGGUGUGGAUACGGAGGAGAUCAGGAUGUGGCUGAUGGAGUGGAUUCCUGGGAUAAGACUAGUUUAUGAAGCUGAAGGAGGAUAUAUUUUUUGAGUAUUUUUUUCCAUUCCUUGCAUUCUGCAUAUUGUACAUUGAUUUUGCAGAAAGUAGUCCUGCGUGCUUUUGAUUUGCUCCUCAUGAAGGAUUAUAUUUAUAAUAUGUGAAGAAAGACCCAGAACGGAACUGAUUUUUCAAAGCAGUGACAGGACGAAAAAACACUGAUUCCUUCCUUUCAUGCCCACGGAGUUUCCUUACGAUACUUGCCAGCAAUCAACUUCGACAAGCAUAUCGAACGUGCAGUCCUGCAGAUGCUCAAGGAACACUGUAAUAAGAAAGCAAAGCGCGUUUUCGAUAUCCGUGCUCAAGGGCCUCCGCUUUCCGACGACGAGGGAGGUCAUGGGGGAGAUGAUAGUUCGAAUGAAGAUUAAGGCUAGUAUGCGGAUGCGCAUUGUCGUUGUUCUAAAAAUAACUGUACUUGUUCCACAUUAGUCUGUUUCUGCUUUACAUCAUUCACAUUCUAAUUCCACGACGACGACGACGACCAAUCCCCAGUCACUCCCACUGCUUUAAAUCAUUCUAAUUUCACGACGACGACGACGACCAAUCCCCAGUCACUCCCACUGCUUUAUUAAAUCAUUCUAAUUCUACGACGACGACGACCAAUCCCCAGUCACUCCCACUGCUCCUCCCGUGA